AUGCAAUUCUCCGUCUUCACCAUCCUCCCCCUCCUCCUCUCCUCCGCCGCCGCGGCAGCCCUAGACACCGCAGAAGUCCGAGAAGCCCGCUCUCUCGACCAAUCCUCCUCGCCUAACAAUGUCGGCGGUGGUUUGCUGCCCAGGAGAGUCGAUGUUCUGCUUGUAUUGUUGAUGUUUGCCAGAAGAGGUGUUUGUGAUAGGUUCUGUUCGGGAUGCGGGUUCAUGAAGGGGACGAAUAGCCAUGCCGAUAUCUACUAG